CUCUCUCAAUCUCAUCUCAUCUCCGAUGCUGUCUCACGUCUCUCGCGCCACUCGCGUCUCUCGCUCUGUCCCCCGCUCCCUCGCCCGCCCACUCUCCACCUCCCGCCCCGCCGCCAUGCCCCUCUACAUCUGCUACUGCCCCGACUACCCCGACAAUUUGCAGACGCGCCUCGGCGUGCGCGACGCGCACCUCGCCGCCGCGGCAGAGGACAAGAAGACGGGCGCGAGCGUCUUCGGCCGCGCGUUCCUCGACGACUCGGUGGCCACCAAGGAGGCGGGCAAGCCCGCCGACCAGCUCCCCGGCAUGGCGGGCAGCGUCAUGAUCCUGCGCUUCCCGACGAUCGGGGAGGCGUGGGCGCGCAUCAAAGCCGACAAGUACUGGACCGGCGGCGUGUGGGACAAAGACAAGGUCGUCGUGCGCGAAAUCAUCGGCGCGCCCGUCGACGACACUAUCAAGAUCCAGUAAGCCGAUGGUCCGUCGCUGCGCUUAGGCGCACUCCUAUGUAGCCUAGAACUAAGAAUACAUCUGGAUCGCCUACGCCUUCACCUUGCGCCGCUUGCUCCCCUCGAUCAUGGCGCGCUUCCGCUUCGCGUUUUCUGCUGCGACGUCGCGCCCGCCCCCGCCCACCGCUUUGCGCUCAACCGGCGCCUUGGCCAGCUUGCGCUUCUGGUUCUUGCUCGGCUUCUUCAGCUGCAGCAUGUACUCGGGCACGGGGCAGCCGCUGGCGCGCAGCACGUUCGCGAUGGUGCGGAGGUACGGCGCGUCUUCGUUGCUGAAGA